AGUGCCAGCCUCCCAGCUCCUGCAGGAGCAGCUCGGGGUCCGUCGGGGACAUGGCGCCGGCUCCGCUCACCUCAGGGACCGGCAACGGCGGGAAAAGUUACCUCUGCUAUCCCAGCAGCCUCCGCGGCUCCUUUACGCAUGCGCUUUGCGAAGCGGAAGGGACGAUCGCUCCACAUGGAAGAGGCGGAGAGCGAUCGAAGUAGUUCACCUGAUUCACUGGCAAAACAUCUGAUAUUCUACCUGCAAAGCGCUCUUUCCCAUAGCGAUAACUACAUAAAAACAGCAUCUACAAACAAAAAAUUUGAAGAAAAAAAAAAAAAAUUUGCAUCAGUACAUCAGUAUCACUCUUCUGGCUGUAGUAAAUUAAGCUUUUUUUUUAACUGUUAUUUCCGAAAAUGGAUUUUCGGUUUAAUUUUGUUAUUGAUGGAAAUGAGAACAAUGAACCUGACACUCAGGAUAAGAUGGACUUAAAGCUGUGCUCACGAAAACACAAGCAGGAAUGCACAAAGAAGAACAAGAAGACUGCUGAGACUGUAGCAGACUCCAGCCCAAGGCCGGGUACUGAUAAGCACCAAGAGGAGACACCGAAGUUCUGCUUUAAAGCUGCCAAGGAGCACAAGAUUCCUGAAGAUCUCGACAAAGUACUGGAAAAUAAAGUCAUGAAAACAGCGUCAGACCUGUAUUACACAAGUACAGCUGCAGUGGAUAUGAGGUGUUUGGAUGGCACCGAUGAGGAAGGCAUCAUCUCUAAAAGUGUCUCCUCUCACUCCGAUCUCAUCCCUGGAGUCUACGAGGGAGGACUGAAAAUCUGGGAAUGCACCUUUGAUCUCAUCAAUUACUUCUCCGAGGCCAAAAUAGAGUUUACCAACAAGGCUGUAUUGGAUCUUGGCUGUGGGGCUGGACUGCUGGGAAUAGUUGCCUUAAAGGGUAAAGCUGAAAAAGUCCAUUUUCAGGACUACAACAGCACAGUGAUUGAUGAAAUAACCUUACCCAACGCAGUGGCUAACUGUAUAAAUGCAGGCAGUGGAGUCAACAGAAAAACAAGCAAACCUCCUUCAAAGAAGCCCAAAAAAGCAGAAGGACUCUUACCUGAUGCACUCCACAAAUGCAGAUUUUUUUCUGGGGAGUGGUCUUCAGUCAGCAAGCUCCUGUUAAGCAGCAAACCUGUUUCAAAGUAUGAUAUAAUUCUCACGUCUGAGACCAUCUAUAAUACCGACUACUACAGUGCUUUGCAUGAUACGCUGGCUCAGCUCUUGGAUAAAAACGGCCGUGUGUAUUUGGCAGGCAAAGUACUUUAUUUUGGGGUUGGUGGUGGCAUCUACAUCUUUGAGAAAUUCAUUGAAGAGAGAAAUGUGUUUAGGAGCAGCAUAGUUAAAAUAAUUGAUAAAGGACUGCAGCGAUGUAUUAUGGAAUUGGCCUUUAAAGAUUCCAGUUAAAAUUCAACCACUGGUCCUUCAAAAAAAUAUCUUAAAGACAAAAUGUUUUAGUUGUCUAUCUCUUUGCUUUUUUCCUCUAUUGUUAUUCUGGUUUGACAAAUUAAGGAUGCUUGUUAUUGAGAUGUCUGACAAAUUCUGGUAUCUGACUAGAAGUGAAGGUCAUUCUGAUUCUGGUUUGGCAUAAAAAAUAUGGAGUUCUGCCUAACUACCUUCCGUUUAUGCCAAUUAGUUGCUAUUUGUAUGCAUUUAAAAGUGAAGCGAGUCCCUUUCUCCUCUACUACUCAUUCUUGUGCAGGGCCAGAACUGUACAGCACAGGAGUGGCUGCUGAGCAGGGCCUGAAUCAGAUAAUUUAGCAUCAUAAUAACCUGCAGAAAGUGGUUCCCAACUUAGAUGUGGUUUAACUGCACACCAGAUUUCAGAAUCGGCUGCGUACCUGUGUGCUCUGCUGCUUCGCCACCAGAGGGGGGUGUGACAGUAUUUAUCACUGCUGUGCUGUUCUCACAAAUCUUUGUAAUGGUUCCAUCUGUAAUGCACACCUGACUUUUAUUCAAGCCUUUGAAAAAAAGCAUGCCAGAGGAUAUUUACUAGUGUGGUCUGUAAAUUUUUGCAUUCAGAUUUUGAUAUAUUACUCUAAGAAAAUUUCAGCAAGUAAUUGGGAAUAGCAAUUUCUGUUUUAGAAGCUGAGUUGAAAGAAGAUUGUAUACAAGAGAAGUUCCCUAAAACAACCAACCAAUAAACCUACAAAUGCAGUCCAGGAAACUGGAGGAUGACAGAACUGAGCCUCAGGUGACAAGUGGGAAAGGAGAUAAACUGUACUCUUACAGCAGAUUGCCAGGUAAAUUGCUGUACUUUUUUUUUUUCCCCAGAAAUUAACUGCCUAUACACUGACCCAUUUUCAAAACUUGCUGGGGGCUGGUACUGAACACUCACACCUCUUCAGUCUUUUCAGCAGUAUGGCAGGGCAGCAAGUGUUCAGAAAAGCCUGUGUACAAGUCACUCCUGUCUCCUAGGCUGAAGUUAGUGAUGUUGCUGAAGAAAUUUAUUUUAAAUAUACAAACAAACCCAAAGAACUACAAAAACUGGCUGCUCGAUAUCACCAACAAUUCACACAAAAAUUCAUUGCAUGUUUUGUCUUAAUUAAAACUGGACAAAAAGCUAUUCCACAACCUUUAAAAGGUGCAAAGCUACUGCUUAUUAUUGCUUCACUGCAACAAUAAUUCAUUAGGUGCCCUUGCAGAAAUAUAAACUUAGAGACAGCCACUGCAGAAAGAUGGACACAAGGAUGAUCCACGUAGGGGAGACAGGACAAUAGUCUGAGGGGUUGGAAAGAAACUUAUUACAAGUGUGACCUAAAUCACUUUAGCUAUUGCGUAAAGUUCCCAUCACUGAAGGCUAUGAAAGUCCACAGCAAGAUUCCUAUUUUGGCCAUGCUGCUAUUAAGAUAGCGUCAUAGAGGAUUUCCUGUACUUUGCAGAGAAGACUUAACUACAGUUGUUUCAAAAACAAUUGUAAGCAGACUAUGGGAUGCUUUGGAAACUACUGAAGUUGGUUUUCGGUAGGAGAGAGGGGGAUGAUGCAGUCUGUUGUGCCAUGGCUGUGACUGCACUCUGGAAUUUUUCUGCAUCAACUCCAAAACUUCCUGACGAUAGACAGCUGCUCACUACAGACCGAAGAACAAAAGGAAGUUUUCGCAGAUCAAUAACAUACUGUUAACAGUUCUAUGUCAAAACUGAGAAGUUGGAAACAAAGUGACUACCAUUUGCCAUUUUUCAAACCUUAGUCAUAAGACAAAUGGUGGCUUGCACAUCAUGACCAAAUAGCUUAUUCUACACCUGCUAAGUCUAGUGCUGUUUCAGAGAAGCCUACCUGAAGUAAUAAGAAACGCUGACCACUAUAACAAUGAAUAUGUUUAAGAACAAGAAUCUCAUGUAUAUUUUGAUGAAUAAAGACAACACCAUCUUCUACCAUAA